UUUAAAACAUUUGUUCAAAGUUACAAUGAAAAAGUGUCAGGUUUUUUUUGUUGUUGUUUUUUAUUAAAUGCAAAAGAUAAGGAAAGAAGUGCUAGUUGAAGUGUUUCCUGAAUAAGUAGGUCUUCAACAUUUACCAACAUAAACAUGACAAAACCAAGUAGGAAAUUGACAUUAGAAAAAUACUGCAUCAUCUGAUUUGAGAAUUCAACUCAAUGUGUGUUAAAUCAUGUACUCAAAAAACAUGAAAUGUAGAAAGAGGCAUUUCCUGAAGUGCUAUUCAGUUAGUUGCUACAAAAAUACAUAAAAAAUAAAUGUCUUGUGCUAAACACCUGCUUAUUUUCUAUUAAACAUGAACAAUUAUCUAUGUAAUAGUGUUGGUGACUGGAUUACUGUGUAUUGAAUAGUUGUCUUUUCUGGAGAGAAACAUGAUAAAAAAACAUGUACUGGUAUAUUGUGUAAUGAAAUAAAGCUACUCACAUAUACAUGACAUUCAAGAUUCUAUUUACAUCCACACACCUAUCUCCAAAGAGCCCUCACUGAGCUGCAUUCAAAUUUCUCUCUCCGCCCCAUUUUACCCAUUUUAGGUAGACAUGUAGAGGGAUAGAAUUAUAGGUAGAACUAUAAAGGGAAUAGAACAUAUGAAACAUAAGCAUAGAAUGUAAGAGAGAGCAAAACAGGAAAAUAUUUUGUUUUUGGUUUGUUUUUGUUUUUUUUGCAAUGUCUCACUGGACUUUAAUCUAUGUUCUGCUCUGGAAUUAUUCAUUUUCUGUUCAUCUGUCUUAUGGAGUCACACACACACUGCACUACAUCCACACUGCAGUCACACCUGGAAUAAAUUUACCAGAAUACACUGAUGUUGGUCUGGUUGAUGGAGAGACAUUUGUGUACUAUGACAGUAACAUAAGGAAAUACAUCCCAAUAACUGAGUGGAUAAAGAAUAUCACUGGUUAUGAUGCAGACUACUGGAGCAGUGGGACACAGAUUCAGAAUGAUGCACAAGAGAUCUACAAAGAUGAUGUGAUUACACUAAUGAGGCGCUUUAAUCAGACUGCAGGGGUUCACACACUACAGAGGAUGUAUGGAUGUGAGCUCCAUGAUGAUGGGACUGUUAGAGGUUAUGAGCAGUUAGCUUAUGAUGGAGAAGAUUUCAUUAGUCUGGAUCUGGAACAUGUCACAUGGACUGCAGCCAAACCUCAGGCUCUCAACACAAAAAGCAAAUUGAAUACUGCAGGAGCUGCUAAAUUUGAAAAAUUAUAUUUGGAGAACACCUGUAUUGAUUGGUUACAGAAGUAUGUGUUUUACAGCAGCGAGACUCUGGAGAGGAAAGCUCGUCCUGAGGUAUCCGUCUUCCACAAACACUCGUCUCCAGAUGUGGUGUGUCACGCUACAGGUUUCUACCCUGAAGAAGUAAUGAUCACCUGGCAGAGGAAUGGAGAGGUCAUGCACGAGAAUGUGGAGCUCAGAGAGACGUUACCAAACCAGGAUGGAAGCUUCCAGAAGAGAAGCAUACUGAGAGUCUCACCUGAGGAUCUGCAGAAACACAACUACACCUGUGUGGUUCAGCACUGCAGCCUGGACAAGGAGAUAGUGAAGAUACUCAUGAAAGAUGGAGGAUCAGCUGCACUGCAUAUUGUUUUUUUUGCUGCAGUCUUGGUUUUUGUUGCUUUUGUUGUAUUUCUCAUCUGGAAGAAAAAACCUGAUUUCAAACCAGUUCCACAAAACAUGAGCCCAUCUGAAGAAAAACCACAACAAGCAGACUGACUAUCUUCUGAACUGAGAGAGAGUCCAGAAAACAUAGUGAACUCUACAGGGCUACCGGUAAUGUACUUUUUUAGCCCAUGUUACUCUCUGUGUUUCUUCUCCGUUUAUAAAAGAAAGCUUGUCUCUGCAACUUUUACAUUUAUAUUGAACAAUAAAACUCACAAAACCACCCAGAUGAUUAAAAAUUAUAACAAUGGAAGGCUGAAAGCUGCUGAAUAUGAAUUAAUAAUCAGAAUGCUUAAAUUGAAUUGGAUUAAAAACAAUUCAGCGCAAUUUAAAAUGUUUCCAAAAACCAAAAUGUUUAUUCCAAAAAAAUCUUGAGAUUUUGUUUUGGAAUUUAAUUUUUGAGAUUUCUAAAGUGCCUAUUAAGCUGUCAGAUUUUUAUAAACAUAUAUUACAUUACUGGAAAAUGAUAUUUACUCAUAAUUAAACACCAAAUACCUCUACCUUGUGGAAUAAUAUAAUUAUUUCAAUAAUCAGAAAGUCUAUUUUAGACUGAACUCUGUGUGUGUGUGUGUGUGUGUGUGUGUGUGUGUGUGUGUGUGUGUGUGUGUAUCUUUAUGUGUAUCUAUAUAUACCUUACUGUACAUUCUCCCUAAUAUUUCACAUUCAUGUCUAUAUUCUGUACAGUAUAUAUUUAUUUAGUGGACUUGUUUAAUGUCAUAACCUUAUAACCUUCUACUUGUUGUUCCUUUACAACGGUUUCUGCACAUUUUUUUCAAUGCCAUAGCCUUAGAAACAUUUACUUGUACUUUUCAACAAUGUCCACACAUCUCUGUACUGCUAUAGCCUUUAAAUUUAUUCAAUGUACAUAUGUUUACAUAUAUACCUAUAUAUUUCAUGCUGUACAUAUGAUUCAUAUUUAUCUGCACUUGACUAUUUGCACAAUUGCUACUCUUUGCACUUCUGGUAGAUGCCAAUCUACAUUUCGUUGCUGUGUACUAUUUUAUACUUUUUUUAUGCUUCUGUAAAGCAUAAUGUAAAGCAAUGUCUAUUUAUCAAGUGCUGUAAUAUUGAAAUUAAUUGAAAUUAUUAAUAAAAGAAUACUUAUGCAGUA